GCAGAUAAAUGUAAGAUUGGUUCGACGCCUCAGAACGACUGGUACUUCUUCAGUCACAAGGACAAGAAGUACCUGAUAGGCACGCGAACCAACUGUGCGACGGCUACAGGGUUCUGGAAAGAAACCAACCGUGGUUCUCUAGCUGGGGAGGCUCAUUCAUUGAAAGUGGAAGAGAUUCUAUUUCAAGGGAAGUCAGACUACCAGGAGAUACUGGUUUUUGAGUCAUCAACUUACGGACGCAAGAGGGUUGGCACGCGCAAGACCCUUGUGUUCUAUAAAGGAAGGGCUCCUCACGGUCAGAAGUCUGAUUGGAUUAUGCAUGAGUAUAGGCUGGAUGAGUCCAACUCUCCGUCCUAUGUACAAGUUGCCAACACGAUGGGAGAAGCAAAUAAUCAAGAAGACGGAUGGGUGGUUUGCCGAGUCUUCAAGAAGAAGAAUCUCCUGCACAAGUCCUCCGACAGCCCAAACAACAGCACCCCAUCCAUCACCGUCGACGCCAAAACUCACUUCCUCCUCCAUUCCCAGAGCGACGGCGCCCUGGAUCAAAUCCUACAGUACAUGGGGAGAUCUUUCCAAUUAAAUCUCAAGGACUGCCUUUUAGUUCUACCAUUUUGAGUGUUCAUAAUGUCUAUCUCCAUUUCAGGCACUGCAGAGGACUCUUGAAUUUGAGGAAGAAUUGGCAGAGAAAUUUGGACCAUGGAACUUCGCUUCUAUAUACACAUAUGCUACUUCUCUAUCUGCGAGUCCUAUAUUGUUGAUGGUUUUCUAGUUAUAGUUUAUACUAUAAAUAGUAGCAUGUAUACCACUGUUUGUUGGAAAUUUGCAGUAAAAAGACAAUGAAAGAAAAAU